CUCUCUCUCUCUUCUCGAUAGAGAAUCGCUGCACUUCGUUCUCGUCGAAUAGGUAAAAAAGGUAAAAAAGAAUUCAUAAAGAAACCACACUUGAGUCUCAGAUGUCUGGAGUUGAAAAUGUUGUAUUAGAAGGUGAUAAAAAACCAGUUGCUGAGAUAACUAAUACGAUUAAUAUCAUGGUCAAGAGCAAUGUUGAUCAAACUGAAGUUUGGUUCAGAAUAAGGCGCGAUGCUCAGAUGAGUAAGCUCAUGAAUGCUUACGGUGAGGCUAAACAACUUGAUAUGCAGACGAUCCGUUUCUUAUAUGAUAGUACUCGGAUUAAACCAGAGCAUACCCCUGACGAGCUUGGAAUAGAAGAUGGGGCUGAAAUCGAUGCCUUUCUGUACCAGUUUGGCGCUGGCUAUGGAAGAAACCGACAGAUGUGAACAUGCAAGGAACCGUAUAUAUAAAUGUGGGACUGAUUUUAGGUGUUUUAAAUGUAGUCUUUAGCUAAGGAAAAAUCGGUGGAGUUUAGAUCUAGGUGAACUGUUGAACAUAUCGUCUGGUAGUAGAUUGUUUGUUAUUCCAUCUCCUAGGAAGAACUUUGGUGCUCCAAAGACUUGUAUUUGAUUUUUAACCAAGGGGUUUGUGUUAUUGCUGUAUAGACCUAAUUAGUCUUUGUUUUUUUGUUUUUUGUUUUGAAAAAUAAGUACUCCUCUUCACCA